UUCCGUACACCCCGUGAUCUCCAAAACAACAUAACAAAGUGGGGGAAAACAUGGCGAGCGGAGAGGAGGCCAGAAGACGCCCCUCGGUUACCUCCUCUUCGGUCGGCCUAGAGGCUCUGUUUCCUGCCGGGACAUCGGAGCAGGCCUGCGGGGACGGAAACCCUGAGCUUGUCCGCCUGCGGGAGCGUCUUCAGGGUUGGCUAUCGCAGUAUGAGCCCCUGCUGCUGUGGGUACAGAGGCUGCUGGUCUGGGAGAGGCCGUUGUACAGCAUCUCUGUCGCCCUGACACUCAACACAUUAUUCUGGCUCCUGUCCUACACCUCCCUGCGGCCUCUGUUCCUGCUGAGUUUGUCCCUGCUGGGACUUAUGCUACUGGAGAGAUGGAAGCCCAAGUUGCCCAUCAUUACUAUUCAACAUGCAGAGGCUGACCCUGUACAAAGUGAAACGAUGAGUGUGGAGCAGCGUCUGCUCAGUAUUCCUGAGCUCAGCCACCACCUGGCUGAGAGCUACCUGACCUGCUGCCUGUACCUGCAGGAGAUGCUGCAGUACAAACGACAGAACCAUGGCAAGUUUUGUGUGAUGAUGUGCAGUGGCUGCUUUGUACUUGCCGUGGUUGGCCAUUACGUACCAGGAAUCAUGAUCUCCUAUAUUAUAGUCCUGAGUGUGCUGCUGUGGCCGCUGGUGGUCUACCACGAACUGAUCCAGAGGAUGUACACGGGCUUGGAGCCAAUCCUGAUGAAACUGGACUACAGCAUGAAGGGAGAUACCGAGCACCGCAAGCACGACAAGAGGAAGGUGAAGAAAGAGCUGGAGGAGGGUGACGAGCCAAGAGCCGAAACCGAGAGUGAGAGCGAGGAGGAGCUGUCUUGUUUUGCCCCAACGGUGGAUGUGAAGACUACAGCUCUGGCGAUGGCCAUCACAGACUCGGAGUUGUCGGAUGAGGAGGCAUCCAUCUUGGAGAGUGGAGGGUUCUCGGUGUCCAGAGCCACCACUCCUCAACUCACUGAUGUCUCUGAAGACCUGGACCAGCAGAGUUUACACAGCGACCCAGAGGAGUCCUACCUUCGGGAUCUCCCCGAGUUUCCCUCAGUCGAGGAGUUCCCGUCCAUCGAGCACAACCUGCUCCACUUUCCUCUGCGAGGUCCCAGCCAGGUCGAAGGAGCACAGGCUGGUGCUCAAUCAGAGGAUGAACCACUCAGCCCCGCCAGCCUCCUUAUCCAGCACCUAGCGUCCCCGCUCCACUUUGUGAACACACACUUCAACGGACAUGGACGACCACCACCAGGGAGUGAGGAGGGCAUUUUGCCUGUGCCAGCCGCAGGGGAGGAAGCGAGGAGGCAGGGAGGAGAGGGGAAGGAAGCUGCAGUAACCCAGGGUGCACAGCAGUCCCUGGAGGCCUUGAGCGAGGAGAUAGUGAGCACGGCCAUCUCCACUGUGGUGCAGAACACUCUGUCAGCCCUGCUGCGCUCCAGUGAGGCCAGCGAGGACCCCUCUCUGGCUGAGUUCCUUCCCACUGAAACCCCACCGUGCGCUCUGGAGACCUCCACCCAACCCACCGACACCACUGCUGACACUACAGUUACUACAAUAGGGGCGCUGGGGCCUGAUGAGGAACUGGAUGAGGCGAUUACAACAGAAAGCGGCGCUGGCGAGGAGAUGCCUGACGACACACUAGUUCCGACUGAGGAAGAAGACUUUGAGCUUCUGGACCAAAGUGAACUGGAGCAGUUGGAUGAGGGGCUAGACCUCAGCUCUGACGGACAGGUGGCGGGAGGAGCUCCAGACAUACCUCCAUCUCCUCAACAUCAACCACAGUCAUAGCUUCCCUGUUGCCUCCCCCUGCCCCCACCAACAACUGUUUUGUUUUUAUUUGUAUGUUAGAACUACAUUAUAUCCAUGCAUACUGCUAUAAAACAUUUAUCAAAGAGUUGAAUGCUGUCGGUUGUUGAUAGUGUGACGGACGGUUGAGUUUACUCGGUCCAUUCUGUUUUCAUGUUUUCAUAUUAUAGGGGUGUGUUCAGCUUUGGUACCUGAGUUGCGUCUAGUCCAGGACCAUGACAUUAUCGGGAUCAAUAGCUACUAUCAGGUGGCAUUCAUGACAUCCUAGGUUUGAUCUGUACAAUUAAAUACAAAGGCAAGAGCAGAAAUCACCAAUAAUGCAUUUACAGUAGAGUUUGUUGUGGUGUUACACUGCCUGCUGCGCUGAUGGUAUCAUGUUAAGUGAGAGCAGGUUCGGGGCAGAGCUUGUGUUAGAAGUUAUAGAGACAUCAUUAUUGUCAGGGGCUGCUUUGUAUUUUCCAUCUGGGCUCUGAGGUUUGAUGGUUUAUCUGGCAUGAAAUUUGCUUGAUAAUUUAGCAAGCAAAUUUCUCACCACAUAAUGAAAACCCUGUUCAAGUUCAGUCUGAUGUCACAAUAAUGAUGCCUUUUUAUUUUCCACCUUGGGUAAGAGCUGGACCCUUCCAACUUGUUUUCGUUCAGAAGAAGUUUAUCCAGAUGGUGUUAUGAAAUGUUGGAAUGUUGGAUUAUAUAACUAUUAAUAUAUACUAUAAAUUAUUUUAUUUAAUUGUCAGUUGAUGAAACUUUAUUGUUGAGCUGAGAGGGAGUUUGAAAGUAAAUUCUAUCCCUUCAGUUGCCAAUAAUGAUUGUAUAAUAAGCGUUUUUAAUGAUGGCACCAUGGACGUCCAGGUUUCCCAGAGUUGGUCUUAGUAAAACAAUAGUAUUAUCCUUCACUUUACCCAUACUUCCCAGGUCUCUACAGUUCUGACAGAAGCAGUCAUUAGUGGUCUUUCACUUGUUGCCUGGAAAUGGAAACUUAAUCUUUGACAUUGUUGGAUGUUGACAAGUAGUGGAUCCGUUACCCGUACACAUAAGUGACUUUGAUGUGGCAAGAUAAAAAGAAUUGUUCCUGAUUUUCCUCUUUGUGAUUGAUGCCUCAUUUUUAUUUAUAUGUGAGAAUACAAUUUAAUUUCUUACAUCCAUAUUGUAAUCGGUCCAUAUGUAAUUGAAUUUACUCUUGAUCUACAACUUUGUUGAAAAACAGGCGUCUUGUUAGAUAGGCCCGUCUAUACCCGACUAUUUGUACAUGUAUAGUCAUCACUGGGAUAUGUAUUUUUACCAAAUAAUCUCUUUUGUGCCACGACAAGUCCAUGCAUGCCAUGAAUCACGCAUGUAUUUACCAUAAUCAAUGUUUGAGGUCAAUUUUCAAAAGAGUGUUACUUUUACUUGAGCAGAUUUUUUUUUUCUGUUUUUGAAGAGACAUAAUACUUCAGAUAUUCCCCAUGUAUCUGGCCGCAGCUGGGGAAAAUUGUUGACAUGACAAAAAGAAAUCUAGCACUAUAAUCGACUGAAUGAAGAGGCCCGUUCUUGCUUUCCUAAACCACUCAGCAUCCAAAUCUCAGGGGUGGGUUGUACAAAUUGAAUAUAACAGGCUAUGUGUCCAUUUCCCCCGACUUGUCGUAGUGCAUUGUAUUUGUACUAACCUUUUCCUUUUUUCAGUCAAUGCCUCCUUGUGUAUAGUGUAGAAAUGCUAAAAAAGGAACGUGUAUAUUCUGCAUGUAAAAACAGCACUCUGUUCAAGUUCUCCUUGUCAACUGACAAAGUACUGCACAAUUUGUGAGGAAAAAAAGUCAAUUUGAAUGUUUCAGGUUAAAAGAGCCCAUUGAGUUCAGUUUGAUAUUUAAUUAUCAACAAGGGGAAGACAAGUUUUGAUGUGUCCUCAUUUGUAAAAGACUACCCGACUGUAAAUGGGUGGCAGGUGGUAACAUCAGAAUUAGAGGAUAUUAACAGACUAGUUUGUGUAUGGUUGUAGUGUGUUUUAUGCUUAAAAUACGGCUUCUCGAACUAUAUAAAAAAAGGCACUUACUGAACUGUACAAUUUUAAAAAAGGAAUAUAUUUUCUAAUUUCUCCUUUUUCCAUAAAGUACUCAGUUUGAUCUUUUACAUCUAAAAAUAUAACAGCAAUGGACGAGUUUCACAAAGCGGAAAAGAUUUAUUGUCAUUAAACUGGUAAAAUAAAACUGCAACUCCACAUGUGAAACUAAGAGAAUAAAAGAACAAACUGAAACAAAC